GUGAUAUAUCGAUUGGCCUUGCAAAAUUUAGGAUUUGAAUUCUUUAUUGGUAACAACAAUGAAGUUAGCAUCAAACGUCAUUGAAAGAAGGUGUUGUGUAGGACUUUUCGAUUUUUAACGAAUUUUUACAAUUUUACGUGUUCUUUGUAUAGUAUCUAGCAUCUAGUAAAGUAAAUUGAGCUUUAGAAGUACAAUAACGGUGUUUUACGUAAUAUUUGCGUGUUUUUAUAAGAUUGCCUAAUUGGUUUUGCGUUUUUAUUACAAAAAAAUGAGCGAGCAAGAAUCUGAAGUCCCACAAACUGAACAACAAAUGUCUCCACACGAGUUGGAAAAAUUGGAGGAAGCAAAACUGAAGGCAAAAUAUCCAGCAGGCCCAAUGGGCCCCCCUGGACAAAAGGCGAUCGGGGGUCAUUCGGCGUUUUUACAGAAGAGACUGGCAAAAGGACAGAAAUUUUUUGACUCGGGUGACUACCAAAUGGCAAAACAAAAAAAAGCUGGCAUCAAUAAAGUCCCAACAAAACCUGCAAAUAAUUUUGCCACUGGAGAAGCCAUACCAACGCCAGAAACAGUCCCAACCAGAAAAACGUCCAUCGUACAGCCCUCAAAGAGCUUCUUUACUGGCGAUAGAGACAAAUUUUCGUUACGCGAUACGUCAACCUACAAGUUUGGGCAAUGACCUGAAAACAACCAAGAAGACUAAAUAUUUUUACUACUGGAACAUAAC